AUGUUGUUUGGUUUGGGCAAGCUCUUCUAUGUUAUACUGCUACUGGUUAACUCCAUUGCGGUUUUGAGCGAGGAGCGGUUUUUGAGUAGAAUUGGUUUUGGUAGAAGUUCCAGCGAUACGGCCGUGUUUGGCCAGCAGGAGGGAACAGCAAAGUCAAAGGUUGUUCAACUAAUUGGAGCUGUUCAGACUCUGCUAAGAAUACCUCUUAUUGGUAUCAAUCUGCUAGUGAUCGUCUACGAAUUACUGUUAGGUUGA